AUGUGCGUUGAUGAGGCAGCACUGAUGGGCACUGAUAGGCGGCAUGGAUGGGCACUGAUAGGCGGCACUGAUGAGGUGGCAUUGAUAGGCGCAGGGACUGACAACUCAUGGGGCCCUCGGGCAAUAGGGGAUCAUGGGGCCCCUGUGUACUCGCCCACACUCAAACCACACCCAAAAAAGCCUAUGAAAGGUACCAGGGGCAUUUCAUGGGGCCCCCUACUGACCCUAGGGCAGUGCCCGAGUGCCCAAAUGGUCAGUCCACCCCUG